AUGUCUUCCGAACCCUAUUCCGGCCCCAGCGCCGCCCACAUGCUCGCGACCCGCACCUUCGCCUCUUCGGUCACGUCCCAACACAACACCCCGAACGCCAUCCUCGACGACGCCGAACUCGCGUUUCUCAAGGACUUCUCCGCGGAUCCGUCUCGGAAAGAUUCGCUCCUCUCCGCCCGCGGCAUGGCCGACGCCGUCGGCGACCGACCGGGCGCGAAAGCCGCCGAGAAGGGGAGUUUGACGGGUGUGGUCGUCGCGCGGUGUGGGACGGCGGAGUCGGCGUUGGGGGAGGGCGAUGUGGAGAUGUUGAGGGGGUGGUUUGAGGGCGGGGGGGCGGGUGUUUGA